AAAGAUAAGGUAGACAGGGAGUCAACUGUGUGAAACCCGCCCAAUUACUUUAUGAAAUAUUGAAUCCGUGAAGCUGAGACAAUGUCAAAAGCUCCUCAACUGGGAACUCUAGUGCACGAUCAACGAGAGAUGAAUUAACAACUAAUUUGAGAAAGAAAAAUACUUGACAAGGAUUUCCCUUCUGGAAGCUGACUUUAAGGACAAUGAAAGGUAGGGCAGUUUGUAGGGGGCAGAGUGUUGAAAACCCAGAAAAGCUUUUUGUCCCUCUAAAUUAUGUCAACAUAAGACUUCUGCUCCCUAAGAUGUUCCUGGAAUAGAUAAGAAGGGAGAAGCUUGUGCUGGGGCGAUCUGUUUUCCUCUCUUUUCUGUUUGUUGUGAUGGGAGCAGUUACUGCUAUUUCCUUCCUGUUCUUGAACUUGCUGCUGCUGUUGCUUCCUGAUCCUUCCUUUUCUCAUCCCUUGUGUACUGAUUCAAGGGCACCCUUUACCUUGAACACCACUCUGAGUUUUUGUCCUUACAAUGGGAGCAGCUGCUGCAAUUCCACACAUGAUUUACAGUUACAGAAGCAAUUUCAAGCCAUGAACAUCUCUGAUGCUGCCUGUGCCUCACUUUUGAAAUCCAUCCUUUGUGCUGGAUGCGAUCCAUAUUCAGCCGAGUUAUUUACUGUAAGCUCUGUACCAAGGCCAGUUGCUGUUCUUUGCAAUUCUACUGUUUCAGCAAAUUCAUCACAGUCUAGCCAAGCAGCAAAUGACUUCUGCUCUAAUGUAUGGGAUACAUGUCAAAAUGUAAAUGUAUUGAAUUCCCCCUUCGCACCUUCCUUAAAAGGUCAAACUGGAUCGCCAGCAAAUUCCAGUUUCAGCAAAUUGACUGUUGUCUGGCAGUCAAAAGGCGACUUCUGCAAUGCAUUUGGUGGAGCAUCUACAGAUGAAUCAGUAUGUUAUGCUGGUGAACCUGUUACACUCAAUAACACUGAAACACCAAGUGACCCACAUGGCUUGUGCCUAGAGAAAAUUGGGAAUGGAUCUUACCUCAGUAUGGUUGCGCAUCCAGAUGGAUCUAACCGUGCUUUCUUCUCGAGCCAACAGGGUAAGAUUUGGUUGGCAACUAUUCCUGAACAAGGAUCAGGAGAGACAUUAGGCUUUGACGAAUCCAGUCCUUUUAUUGAUCUAACAGAUGAAGUGUAUUUUAAUACUGAAUUUGGAAUGAUGGGGAUGGCAUUUCAUCCAAACUUUGCACAAAAUGGUCGGUUCUUUGCCUCGUUUAAUUGUGAUAAGGUGAAGUGGCCAGGAUGUACCGGCAGAUGUUCAUGCAACUCAGAUGUCAAUUGUGAUCCUUCAAAACUAGCUCCUGACAAUGGUGCCCAACCAUGCCAAUAUCAAACUGUUAUUGCAGAGUAUACAGCUAAUGACACAGCAACCAAGGCUUCCUUGGGAACAACUGCGAAACCCUCGGAAGUAAGAAGGAUAUUUACAAUGGGCCUUCCAUUUACAUCUCAUCAUGGAGGACAGAUUCUCUUUGGACCUAGUGAUGGGUUUUUAUACUUCAUGAUGGGAGAUGGGGGUGGUGUAGGUGGUGAUCCUCACAAUUUUUCACAAAACAAGAAAUCAUUGCUUGGAAAAAUCAUGCGGCUUGAUGUUGAUAAUAUACCAAGUGCUGCAGAAAUAGAUAAACUUGAUCUAUGGGGAAACUACUCCAUCCCCAAAGAUAAUCCAUAUAGUGAAGAUAGUGAUUUGAAACCAGAAAUAUGGGCUUUAGGCGUAAGGAAUCCCUGGCGCUGUAGCUUUGAUUCAGAAAGGCCUUCCUACUUCAUGUGUGCAGAUGUUGGCCAGGAUACAUAUGAAGAGGUGAAUGUCAUCACUAAGGGCGGGAACUAUGGUUGGCGUGUUUAUGAGGGACCCAAUCCCUUUAGUCCUCAACAGUCACCAGGAGGAAAUACAUCUUCAGAGUCCAUUAGCCCAAUUUUCCCUGUUUUGGGAUACUAUCACUCUGACAUAAACAAGAAUGAAGGGUCAGCAUCCAUCACGGGUGGUUAUUUCUAUCGCUCUCAGAUAGAUCCAUGCAUGUAUGGAAGGUACUUGUAUGGAGAUUUGUAUGCUGGAGCCAUGUGGGCAGGCACUGAAACACCAGAAAAUAGUGGUAACUUUACCACCAGAAAAAUCCCCUUCAGCUGUGGGAGGGACUCUCCCAUCCAGUGCACCUCUUUGCCAGGAAGUGCUCUGCCAUCUUUGGGUUACAUUUUCUCAUUUGGGGAGGACAACCGCAAGGAUAAUUUUAUCCUAGCCAGCAGUGGUGUUUAUAGAGUCGUUCGUCCAAGUCGCUGCAAUUACACUUGCUCGAAGGAAAAUGUCACCGCUGUUGGAAGCCCAAGUCCUACUUCACCCCCUUCAAAUGCAGGCCAGUUACGUGGUUCAUUUAGCAGGAUUCUAGCCCUGUUCUCUUCUUUGCUGCUGCUUUUGUUGGGUGUUAUCUAGCUAAUCGAGACUGAUGUAUGUUGUAUAGGAGCUUUGUACUAGUCCAGGAGCAUGAGAUUAUUGUAUAAUAGACAUCUAACUUUUCUUAUUAUUGAUUAUCUUGGGACUAUUAUGGCGAGGAAGAUGUAAGUUCCAUUAGAAACUCAGUCGUUUUUCACGAACUACUAAGGGAGGAAAUGCGGGAUUACUCUGCGCUUAA